GAGCAGCUGCCACAGGAUCAGCCCAGCCCGGAGAACCCAGCGUGGGACUGAUGUGCCAGCAGGUGCUGGUUCAGGCUGGAGUAGCAAGGGGCUGACUCCUGAAGGGGAGGAAGGCUGCGUGAGGGACCUGUUGUCUUCAAACAGUAACUGACGGGGGAAGGCACUUGUGAGAACCAUGAUGUCCUUGGGUGUCAACAAAGGAAGCGUGGUUACACCUACGGAUGAAGACCGCAGAAGGAUCAUUAAGCAGAUGAAGGUUCGCACCACCCUGAAGGGAGACAAGAGCUGGAUCCACCACCAGAACUCAGACUCUGAGGACGAAAAGAAGAGCAGCCCGCUGUCUGCACGGGCCGGUGGGGGAUCCCAAGCUGCAGCACCUAUUGCUCCCCAGAGUGACAGGCCUCCUGUCUCCAAGCCUCAAUCCGGUUACCUCAUCAGGGGAGUGUUCACAAGAACCAUCGAUAAGACUCCUUCUGUGCCUAAUUCUCCAUCUUCCAAGGAAGCCCAGAAAAGCGCUGCCGUGAAGGGACCCAGCUCGUGCCGCUCUUCUUCUGGCUACAGGAUGACAACUGAGGAUUACAAGAAGCUAGCUCCCUAUAACGUUAAACAAAAAUCAGUGGACUUGGAUGAGGAGGAUGUGCCUUUUAGUCCCGAUGAACAUAAAAAGAGGACAGAGGCAGCCAACAGUGUCCUGAGACGCACUGCCAGCAGGGAACGUGCUUACGUGCUCUCAGCAGCCAAGAAAAGCAACGGCAGCCCGACCCAAGAAUUCCCCCCCUUGUUUGCCAAGAGAAUUGAGAUAGAAGAAGAAGAAGGACAGCAGAGGAGGAGUCCAGCUGUGUCUGGUUCAUGCAAGUUUACACCAGAUGACAACAGUGCCAAUGGGCUAAGGAAAACCACAGCUGGGUCUUCCUGGAACGAGCCAAAGGCGACAGCAGCGUCUCCCACCAGCACUGAAACAGGCAGCAGGGGCCAAACAACCACAUCCUUAAGCGAAACUUCAGAGAAAAAGUCCACCUAUACUGAAAUCAGGAAUGGUGAAAGCAGACAGUCUUCUAAUGGGAAAUCCUCAUUGGAAACCGUGUCACAGCGCGGGGACGGUGACAAACCUCUUAAGGAGAAGUCUGAGCCGUUGCCAUGGGAUGAGUCCAGAGCACCCGUGGUUUCCACAAAUGGGAGUUACUCUGAACACGCAGAAGCAAACAAUGGAUUUUACCCACCAAAAUCCGACCCUGGUGGCAGGGACAGAGCUGCAGGUGCUACAGAGAGCCUGCAGCGUCAUUACGAGACCUCUCCCUGCCUGGACGAUGCGAAGCAUGAACCUGCAGGGUCAGGGCCUGGUGCUGGUGCUCACGGCGCUGCUGCUAGCAGAGGGUCUAGCUUGCAGUCUAAUGUCCCCUCUCCUCCCACUGAGAGAGCCCCUGCACACCUCGAGGACACCGAAUAUUCAUAUAAAAGAUCGGUCCUGAGCUACGAGGAGGGAAGCAGCACGCAAGAAGGCAAAUACACGAGUCCCACGGUCCCGGCAUACAGCAAGCCUGACUGGAACGAAGUGACGUCCUCCCAAGAUUUCAAAGAGGGGAACAUCCCUAGAGACAGGGAGCUCGAGAAGAGCACACAGACCUCAGAUGAUCAUAAAGCAGAGUUGCUCCAAGAACGGUUUUCUGACUCAAACCACCAUGCUGAGAAGGGACAAGAACCUCCUGAUGUCCACCCAGAGCCUUCCAGGUCGAAUGAACAUGCUGACCAUGACCCGAGUAUAACAGUGUGCGUGCCAUGCUCUAGGGACUGCACCAGCAGGAGCAUAGACAGUAAAGGGGUAUUGCCCUAUGUGCAGGGUGAAGAAGUUGCUUCAAGAAGGCAAGAGAACUCCCUGCCGAGAGAAAGCAGCAUCACUGCUCCAGAGACCCCGCGUGCAAACGAAUCCGACCCAUGCUGGGGAAGGACCACUCCAGGUUAUGAGGAGCAACCCCCUCUCACCACGGAUAGUCACCAUGAGAGCUCCGGAGCCCGGAGACACAAUGACCUUAACCCGAUGGCAGCCAGCAGGUCCAACUUCAGCUCGAAAGAGAGCGCUCUCAGCGCGUAUGAGACCCAGCAUCCCAUGCCACUGUACAUGGACCGCCAGCCUUUUAACACCAGUGUGCCAGCACCUAGCCACAGGAUACCAUCCUACGCGGACAGCCAAGUAUUCAGCACCAGAAGGCCUAUCCCGGAUUAUGAAGGGAGAGUUUAUGAUGGGAGAAGCAGCCCUAGGAGCAGCAGAUAUGACAGUGCUCUUGCCAGGGGGCACUGUGAAUUUAACCCCACAGCUCCAAGCUACCACUCCCUUCCCAGAGACACCACCGUGUCCAUUUCCCCGAGAAGCCACAGGGUGCCGUUCUACAUGGACAACUCAAACUAUAACAGCACCAGGCUUCUCUCAAUUUCGAGCGAGAGGAUGUGCGCUCCGAUGGCCACCUUACCCUACAACAGCCCCGUGGCCUCCGGGUACCAGCCUGAUGCCAGCUCUGCCGGAAAAGGCGUCCUCUUUGUGAAGGAGUACGUGAACAGCAGUGAGCUGUCGGCCUCCCCGCGCUAUGGCAGUGGCAGCCUUGUAGAUUUGGCUGAUUCAGAGAGAGCAGCCUACAGCCACCACAGCUACCUGUCCAGCGCUCCUCCGCAGAGGCCCAGUGAACCUGUUUGUACUUACUGCAGCCGUGAGAUCCGAGACUGCCCUAAGAUCAUAAUAGAGCAUCUUAACAUCUACUGCCACGAAUACUGCUUCAGGUGUGGAAUUUGCCACAAAGCGAUGGGAGAUCUUCUGGAUAAAAUAUUCAUCCACCGGGACAUUGUCCACUGUGACAAGUGCUACGAGAAACUCUUCUAGGGUUUUGCAAAGCUGGAGAAGGCAGCCAGUGACAAGUCCUCAGCAGCACAUAUAUGAAUACAUCUACCAGCUCCUGACUGGCUAAGAUAGCAGAAUUCCUGCUCCCCCUUCCUGAAGUUAUUUUCCCUCUCAGUGCCUCAUCACAAUGAAUGAGUUUAACAUCCGCUAGCUUAUGCUGUCAGCUGCACGCAAGACAAGUGCCAAUGUUAACAAGAUAAGGCAGUGUCAUCUACAAAAGAUAAGUGGGCUGAUUUUCCAAAGGUGCUGAGCCCCUCCACCUGUCUUUAACUUCAUUAAGAUUCCAGAGCACUCCUGUGCUGGAAAUCAGGCAGAGCUCUUUAGAUCUAUGUAAGCUAAUUGCAAGAAACCUUUUCUGAUUUUUUUUUCUUUCGUUUCUGCAAUCAGGCUGCAGCUUAGUGUGUGUCAGCUGGCACAAAGCAAGCAGAUCCGAGAACUGUUAAAUACUAGAUUUGGAUUCUUGGGAAGGUUUGAAUUUAGCUCCUAGCAAAAGCCUAUUUCUGCUUCUUUUACCCCCAAAUUCUGCCUAGAAAUAGCUUCUGCCUGAUUUCCGUUUGCUUUCCAUGGGCUUUCAGGAGCACUUGCAGACUCACUUUACUCUAAUUGGGUGUCAGCUUUAAUUUCCCUUUCCUGCCUACUCCCUAGUGGAUUCCUUCAGCAGCAUGUGUGUCUGCUGUCUGUUUGGGAAGAUAAGCUACCAGGUGAAAGAGUGUUAACUUGGCCUCUGAUGGUAGGUGUCCAAUGGCCAUAUAAAACGUGCCAGGGAAUCGGUGUCUCAAUUGGCUCUCCUGACAAGGAACAUUGCUUGACUGAAAUCUGAAUUUUUCCUCCACCUUGCAAAGGCUUGCUGUGAUGCCUCUUUUAUUGCUCUAAGUUAUUUACAUCUCAAAUGCUCUCACAAAAAUGAACUUCUAGCAGGUGCUGGACAUGCUAAAUGUCAGAAAUGCAUAAUUUUAGCCUUUAAUUCAGAUGUUGAGAGGGUAAGAAAGUUGAAUAUGGAAAGCUGAAAGUCAGCCUCUGUGCCUUUAAAUGUACACCACUGAAUGUAACUCCAUGGAGUUACUGUUUUUUUUUCUUUGAAAGCAUUAGGAGUAUCUGUAGAGCACACAAAUCAGUUCUGUAGUAGCUCUUACAUGCCAGCCGGUGAUGGCAAAAGCUCUAAAGCAGACUAUUGUUAGACAGAUAAUUCUUUAUGCUCUUAGUGAUGGAAGUUGGCAUGCAUGCAAAAGCUUAGCAAGUUACUGUUUUUAUGGCACCAGUGCUACAUAGCGUUUGGGGUUCUUUUUAGGCCACUGUACCAUUUAUUUGAAUAAAGUGUAGGCAUGACCUUAAAAGCACUCCACAAGGGGAACUCCAGUGAAACCAGUAACGGCUCUGCUACUGGCAAGCUUCAGGGCGAGACCAUAACGUUGUGUCUGACAGGGACUGGGGCAGCUCUAUCCUCAGUGUGUGGUACAACAGGGGCCUCAACAACCCUCCCCAACCCCAUUACACAGCGAUGGACACACAGGCAUGAGAUUUUCAGAAAUGCCAACUGAUUUUGGCUACCGCUGUUUCUCAGUCACCAAGAUGUUACAGAGCUGAUACUUCCUGAACAGAAGAGGGUCACAAAGGGUCUGAUCUCCCCACACAGCUCACUUCCAAAAAUCACGGCCUAUAAUUACAGCUGCCCUUUGAGGAGAUGAUCUGCAGAAAUAACAUCUUCACCCACGCUGGAGCUCCUGGUGGGUGCGUGGCCUUCUGGGGAACAGGUUUUGUCCACUGUAUGUUUUGCAUCCUCUUUUCAUUGCUGUAAUUCCCUUGUAGCAAUUGUGUAACUUCAGCAUCCAGCUCUAAUAAACAUUCACCUCUCAGGUACAGCCUGCUUACUUGUGUCACCAUAUAACAGAGCUCAGCGUGGUUUUUUC